UCACGCGCCCUUCCACUUCCGCUUCCACCCCGUCCCUCCUGCAAACAAAACAACCUCUGCGUCUUGACCGAAAAGGCGAAAACAACAAAGAGAAAACACCCACCACCUCGGGCUCGGGGGCAUCUCCGCUCCUCAACCCCUCGCCUCGAGCCUCCCCUUCGCCUCCUCUGCCCCCCUUUUAAAAUUCCCUCGCCGCCGCGCCCCCGCACUUCCCCCGCACACACCACACCCCCUUCGCAGGUCGCAGCGGCGCCACCGCACCGCACCGCACCGCUCCGCUGCAAUGGGGAACAGCCUCGGGGGCAAGCGGAAGAGCGCCAAGGUGAUGCAGCUGGACGGCACCUCCUUCCGCGUGAAGCCCCCCGCGGCGGCGGCUGACGUGCUGCGGGACCACCCGGGCUUCCAGCUGCUGGAGUCGGAGGAGGUCAAGCUCCUGGGCGCCCGCGCGCGGCCGCUGGCGCCCGACGCGCCGCUCCGCAGGGGGCGGCUCUACUUCCUCGUCGCGCUCCCGCGCCGCGCCCCCGCCGGCGCCGCCGGCCGCAUGCGCCGCGCCUGGUCGGGCAACCUCCGCGUCGGGGCCCGGGAGCGGCUCGAGUCGCUCAUGCUCGCGCGCCGCUCCACCUCCGACCUCUCCUCUCUCCCCGCCCACGCGUCGGCCUCUGCGCCCACCUCCCCGCUGCCCAGCGGCGCCACAUCCCCGCUCCCCGCCGCGGGGGCCGGCGGCGGGACCACGCCCGUGCGGCUCAAGAUGCGGCUCCCCAGGGCGCAGGUGGAGAAGCUCAUGGGCGAGAGCAAAGACCCCGCAGAGGCCGCCGCCAAGAUCAUGGAGCUCUGCGGCGCCGCCAUGGGCGGCGACGCGCACGCCAGCGCCAGGGUGACACCGGAGCGCCCGCCAGGGAUACUGCGGAGCCCGCGGUUCGCCAAGACGCCCGAGUGGGGCGCCGGGUUCAUGCUCCCGCCGCCGGCGCCGGCGAAGACGCCGCAGCGGUGGCCCACGCUGCCACGCACCAAGGAGAAAAAGGCGAGGUUUGUGGAGUUGCCGGACGAGCUAAUAGCAUGACAUGUACUUCCCUGAAGCGAGUUAACUCUUCUUGUUUACUGUCCCAAGCAUGUUUGGUGAUUGUCAGGCCAGGAGAUAAGGAAUUGUAAACUUAUCUUCAGGCGGGGCUGUACUUCUUCUUCCAUUGCUCAUUUGAGCGAAACAGCUAUGGUUUGAAGAUGAGAAGCCGCCGAUGGCUUCCAAUUCACCUUGAUCCAAUGAUCUGACACCGUGUUUGACUGUUA